AUGGAUGCAUCGCUUGCCCUCAAAAAAUUUCAGUUGCUUGUAGAGCAGCAGAAGCGCAUGAUGCUAGAGGAAAAAUUGGGUAUCCGGCACACACAGCCCGCCCAUGCUGGUCAGGAUAUUGGCGACGGUCUGGACCAUGUCUACUUCGCUCCGGUGACAUCUGAAGGCCUGGAGAAGAGGCUUGGCAUCAAGCUGAAGCCCCACCCUGACAAAGUGUCAGAGGCAGCUGCGCUGUCUUCUGUGCAGACACCUGUGCUGCAGUACAGCUUGGGCCUCCCGAAGGAAAUCCUGCUGAAUGGCAUCUCAGCACUGCAGGUGCAAGCGGUCCACCUGGCAUGUGCGCGCCAUGAGACCUUCCUGCCCAACGGCCAGCGAGCCGGCUUCUAUCUUGGCGACGGGCCGGGCGUUGGCAAGGGCCGCCAGAUCGCCGCCCUCGUCACUGAAAAUAUCCUGCGCAAGAGGGGCAAUGAGCGGGCAAUGUGGUUCUCUGCUUCAGCCGAUCUGGCAGUGGAUGCCACACGGGACUUCAGGGACAUUGGCGCGUACAAGUACGACCCCAUCCGCAUCCAUGACUUGCGCAAGAUCGGCAAGCUGCGGGCCGGCCUGAAGCUGGAGGAAGUCAAGGGGCUGGACAAGGGGGUGCUGUUCAGCACAUACAACCUGCUCAUCUCACAGUCCACCAAAUUCAGCUCGGUGAAGACGAUGCAGAAGUCGGAUCCACUGAAGUUCAGCAAUCCUGAGCUUGCUGGAGCCGACAUCCAUGUCAAGAAGGAGUAUGUGGAGGCAGUGUGUGGAGAGAUGGAGUUUGGACCUCAGUCUCGGCUGGCACAGAUCGUGGAGUGGUGCGGCGGUGAAGCUUUUGACGGCGCACUGGUCUUUGAUGAGUGCCACAAGGCCAAGAACUGCACUGCAAAGUAUGGCGAACGUGGAGCGCAGAUGGAGAGCAAAACCUCCAGGGCGGUGAUUGAGCUGCAGCGGCGGCUGCCAAACGCUCGCGUGCUGUAUGUGUCAGCCACCGGCGCCACGGAGGCGUCCAACCUGGGGUACAUGCAGCGGCUGGGGCUGUGGGGCCCAGGCACUUCCUUUGUCAGCAAGGACGAGUUCAUCGACCUGCUGCAGCAGCAGGGCAUCAGUGUGAUGGAGCUGGUGGCCAUGGAGCUCAAACAGGCCGGCUUCUUCCUGGCGCGCACGCUCAGCUACGAGGGAGUGACAUACGAGCAGCUUCCCAUUGAGGUCAGCCCAGAAUACAAGGAGCUGUACAACCGUUCCUGUGCCUUGUGGCUCCAGAUCUGGAAAGCCGUGGACAAGUACUCAGAGGACAGGAAGAAGGGGAUGUCCAAGAUGUGGGGCGGACACCUGCGAUUCUUCCGCCAACUACUGACUGCAUGCAAGAUUGAUGACAUCGAGGCCUUUGCAAAGAAGAUGCUGGCUGAGGGGCACUGCAUCGUCAUCGGGCUGCAGAGCACAGGGGAGGCCCGCACGGAGGCGAUGGUGCGCGAAGCAGGGGCUGCAAACGACGAGAACUUUGCCUUCGACUCCUUUGCUGACCCGGCGGGCCUCAUCAUGACCACCAUCAUCGAGGAGCACUGCAGGGCGUCGCCCGACUACCAGCAGCUUCUCAACAGCGCCAACAGCCUCAACCUGCCCACCAACCCCCUGGAUGACCUCAUUGACCGGCUGGGGGGUCCGGAUAAGGUCGCAGAGCUGACGGGGCGGCGCAAGCGAAUGGUGCGCGACCCCGACGCCGGCACCUUCCACUACAAGGCCCGCGCCCACGACAUGCCCCUCAACGAGGUGAACAUCGCGGAGAAGAACAGGUUCCAGCGCGGCGAGAAGCUGGUGGCGAUCAUCAGUGACGCGGCCUCGACAGGAAUUUCGCUGCAGGCGGACCGCAGCGUGGCCAACCAGCGCGUCCGUGUCCACAUCACCGCCGAGCUCGCCUGGUCCGCCGACAAAACGGUGCAGCAGCUGGGGCGCACGCACCGCAGCAACCAGCUGCAGCCGCCGCGCUACGUGAUCCUAUUUACCGACGUUGCGGGGGAGCACCGAUUUGCGGGCGCGGUGGCCAAGCGGCUGGAGCUGCUGGGGGCGCUCACACACGGCGACCGCCACGCCGCCUGCCAGGACGCCCUCGCCUCAUUCAACGUCGACGACAAGUACGGGCAGGCGGCGCUCGCAGAGAUGUACAAGAUCUUCCUCAGGCGGUCGACCGCCAUGGCCCCGGGGUAUGCAGUGCCAGCAUGGAUGGAGGAGCAGACGCGCCACCUGGCGCCAGAGCAGCAAGAGGCCGAGAGACAGCGCAUCUUCGCGGAGUUCAUCCCCGUGGCAUGCAAGCUGCUGAAGGAGGUUGAUGUGAUCACCACGGAUUACAAGUUCCUGGGCAGGGAGACAGAGUACAGGACUGCCAAUGCCAAUCUGCCUGAUUCUGAAAAAGUGCCCACUGCCAGCUUCAACAAGCUGAUGAACCGGCUGCUGGGCGUGAGGAUCGAGUUCCAGCGCAAGAUCUUCGACUACUUCACCGCCCUGCAGGAGAAGCACAUUCGCCAGGCCAAGCGGGAGGGAGACUUUGCCCCCCCAGGCAUCAGGCACUUGUCCGGGGCCAUCAAGUAUGUCAACGACUCGGUGCUUCUGCAAAACCAGCAGGCUGGACACAGCACCUCACUGUUUGAGUACAAGAUGGACAGGGGCAUGAUAUACGAGAAAGCUCUGGAGGUGCUGAAGGCCGAGCUGGCAGAGAAUGAGCAGAGCAGGAGCGGCUUCUACGUCAUGACCCAUGGAGGGACGGGCAACGAGCAGUAUGUGCUGGCGAUGGAGUGCAACAAGGACGGGCGGCGGGUCACAAAGGCCGACAGAGGCAAGAAGGGCACAUACAUGUGCAUCAUCAGGCCCAAUGCCGGCUUCUCAGCAGGGAACAUGGCCUACCAGGAGUUCGCUGGGAAGUACAAGCGGGUCAAGGCAGACAGGCAGGAGUCUGACUGGAUGGAGAAGAAGUGGCAGGAGGAAUACCGCAAGGACCCCGGCAAGAAGCGUUUCACUGACCUCUACCUGAUCACUGGCGCGAUCAUGCCUGCCCUGCAGCCCACUCUGAAGCUCUUCAAGAGGCUCAAGCUUGAGAACCCCCGAGCCAGGCAAGCAACCGCCCACAUUCCCCUUUCUGGCUGA